AUGACCAACGACUCUGUUUCCACCUCCGAAAAGAAAGACGGUGCGGGAACUGUUAUCAGCAAUCCAGCAGCGCAAUCGAUAGAUGAAACCGAUUUGACAGACAAUAAUCAGUCGAACCUUGCUGUUACUUUGCCUGAGUCAGCUAAACGUACCUCAACAAGAAACCGAUUAACUGGGAUAGGGUUAAUGAUCUUAACGAGCCUAUUAGCUACCAUUAAUGGAUCAAUAGCAAAGUAUCUCCAUAUCAUCCCAACUGGAGAGCUGGUUGUCAUUACAGGGAUAUAUUCGGUGUGCACUUUCAGUGUCGUCAUCGCCAUGAACGGGAUCUCUAUAUUUGAGUUUACAAGCAAAAAGCUGGUAGCAGCGAGGGUGAUGGUCGGGACUGUCUCUUAUCUAGCGAGGGUUUGGAGCUUUCAGAUACUCCCUCUGGGAGAUGCCGGUGCUUUGGUUUCGACAGGACCUCUCUUCGUAGGAUUUAUCGCAAGGAUCUUCAUCAAGGAAAAGCUAACUUUGGUUGACAUCCUAACCAUGUUUCUGGGGCUAUGUGGUGUGGUUCUCAUAUCAAAACCGGGAAUCUUUUUCAAAACGGACGAAGAGCAGUUGCCUUGGUUCUACUUCAUGGUGCCUGUUUUCUCUGCUCUUUGCAUGGCUGUGGUAUACGUGAUGCAGAGAAAAUUGGGCGCAACGGUCAACAGUGUGACCAUCUCUUUUUAUAUCGGGGUCGCCCAGCUAGUUAUUGGAGUUGGCUACCAGUCGAUUAUUUCCGGCACUCCGUUCCCUCUGCUGCCUGACUGCUACACCCCCAGAUACCUGCUCGUGCUAACAGGAGUGUUUCAAGUGGGGUAUUUUGUGGUAGCCAAUCUGACGUUAGAGUACGAGAAAGCAACCACCGCCACCCUCUUCAGAAAUCUGGACACUGCCCUAGCUUUCCUUGUACAAGCUACUUUGUUUAGUGUGUCUAUCGAGAUGGUAUCUGUGGCGGGAGCUCUACUGAUAGUGUUGGGAACUGUUGGUCUGACCCUUGCUAAAAUCUUUAACUUUAAAUGUGGUGUCGAGUUUUGA